AUGGGGAAGCUUGGGAGCAAUAUUCUUAAUGGAAACGUGGACAGGCUGGGAUCUUACAGCGAGUGUCUCUCCACCCGCGCGCCCAGUGGACGCUUCCAAGGGCAAUACUGCAAGCUUCAUGUACUGCAGGAUGGGGCCGACUACAGUGUUGGCGUGUGUGUUCCUGAUUCUUGUGCUGAAGAGGAUGUGACCAUGAUGUCCCAACUGGAUAUUUUAAGAUUCAGAAACACUUCAUUUUGGGCCCCUUCCCUUUCUCUCUUUACACCGAAUUCUUCCUCCUCAUCUGGUGGGAGUGUGGCCAGAUGUGCUGCUGGAAUGUUCCCCCUGGACAUGUUUGCUGCUGUGUGUCUGUGCAUCGUCUUGCUGGGCCUCGCCCUUCCUCUGGCUGGAACUGUCUAUGUGGCAGCCAGAGGGUGGGGGUUUGAUGGCAGGAUGUCACCAGUGCCGGGGACGCCUUCGGCCAGGUACGGGAGUCUGCCCCUCAGGGAGAUGGAGAACAACGAAGACGGGAGCAGAACGCAGUGGAUGCACCACCUGGCUCAUCUCUUACUGGCAGGCAUCCGGAGCGGAGGAAAAAGGUUUCUCAGAGCCGUGGACUGUACUCUGCAGUGCUUUUCUUGGCAGAAGAAUGUGCCAGCCAUCUGGACUGCAAAGACACCAGCAAGUGCCUGCCCAGCCCUGAAUGGCAUCCGUGUCUUGAGUCUCCUCUGGAUCAUCUCGGGACACACCAGUCAGAUGACUGCAUGGCUGUCUUUGGAUAACGUGCUUGAAUGGAAAUCCCGCGUGCUUAGAAACCCACUGUACCUUUACUCUCGGAGCGGCCCGUUUUACCUCGGGGUUGAUACGUUUUUCCUGAUCAGUGGCUGGCUAAGUGCAAGGUCAUUUUUAAAGAUCCAACAGAAUUCGGACAAAGGAAUAACCUCUAAGAAUAUACUCAGAUACUUUUUCAAUCGCCUUAUAAGGCUGCAACCUCUUCACUUGUACUCGGUGUGCUUGGUGGUGGGGUUGUUCCCUCUCGUGCCCUGGGGACCUGUGUGGGAAGUGCCCGAAUUCCACUGGGCUAACUGCCGGCAGGCCUGGUGGACAAACCUGCUGCUGCUGAAUGACUUCGCAUCGGUUCGGAAUGCGUGCAACGGCUGGACGUGGUACCUGGCCAAUGACUUCCAGUUCCAUCUCACGGCACCGGCCAUUGUCUUCAUCCACGGCAAAAAUAGACGUGUCCUCGUCCUGCUCGGAGCCGUGCUGCUCUUGGCGUCUUCCGCUGCCUCUGCUCUGCUCACACUGGCUUAUAAACUUCCGGUGGCAGUUCCAUCAGAAGUCAGUGAAAAUGUGGCCACAUUGUAUUUCUCAGAGUAUUACACCAAGCCCUAUUGCCGAUUCGGGCCAUUCCUUGUGGGGAUCUUUCUGAGCCUUUUCAUGCACCAAAACCCCCAGGCCAGCGUUCUCAAGACCAAGGUGCAGGCUCUGUUGGGGUGGACUUGUUCCCUGUCAGCCUUGUUUGCAGUGGUGGCUCUGGCAUACAUGGUCGAUGACACCUCUGCUACCUCCUCAGUGGCUGCUGCUGUCUACCAGGCCCUCCACCGGACCCUGUGGGCGGCGGCCGUGGGCUGGGUCCUUCUUGCCUGUCAGGAGGGCUAUGGAGGUCUGGUGAACCGCGUGCUCUCCUGGGACGUCUGGCGCUUCCUGGCUGGCAUCAGUUACGCGUGCUACCUGGUGCAUCCCGUGGUGGUCAUCCUCUACAACGGCCUCCAGGACACACUCGUCCACUACACGGACACCAACAUGUUCUAUCUUUUCUCCGGACACUGCCUGCUGACUUUCGUCGCUGGGCUGGCCCUCACGCUGUUCAUCGAGAAGCCGUGUCUGGAACUGAAGCAGUGCCUCUAGAACUGAUGCCUGCAGGGCCAGAACUUCCGGGUUGAAAUCUGAGUAAGUGGGUGCCCCUCUGCUGGUGGUGACGAGCGGGGUCCGGUGCAGCCUCGCUCUCGCUCUCGUAGUCAAUGCUUGCCUUCCUGAGGUGUUUUGUGAGGGUUUGGCAUAUACGAGUUCUGUGUUCAGUAUGAAAAAAUAGUUGUAGUAGCACAGCUGUCUCCCUCUGUUAUACCCUUUAGGGAAAAAAAAAAUCAGAUUUUUUAGAUCUGGGUUUGUAUUUUACUGUCUGUGUCAAUGAUCGUAGGAGAAAAGUAAAUCGAAAUGGAAAUCUGGCCUGAAGAAUCCCCAAGCAGACAAAGCCAGGUGAGCCUCAGAAGUGGCCUUAACCUUGCUUGGUUUGCAAACAUAAUUAAAAUUUAAUGGGGCUGUUGGUGUGUGAAUGCUCACACCUGCAUUAAAGCAAAAUAGAACUUCUGCUCAGCCAAUCGGAUGCGGAUAACAAACUCAUAAUUGUGUAACUGGGGACUUCCCAAAGGGAUAGAUCAAGUAACGCCACCGUGAAACUGGAACCAACCCAGUGUUCUCCUUGCUUUGCUUCUGUGUUCAUUCCGUGGAAGACUCCCUUUGUGCUUCCUCAGUGGAGCUCUGGAACCACUUCUGACUUAGAGCUGCCCGAUUCAUG